GCGGGAGGGGCGUGGCCCAGGGCGGCGCGCGGCGGCUCUGAGCCUGCGCGCGCCGGAGUCAGGGGUCACAGCGACGUCGGCUGUGGCGGGAAACGCUGUUUGAAGCGGGAUGGAUGCCAAGCGGCGGCCGGGCCCGGGCCCUGGGGUGCCCCCCAAGCGGGCCCGUGGGGGCCUCUGGGAUGAGGAUGAGCCAUCUCAGCCAUCCCAGUUCGAGGAGGAGCUGGCGCUGAUGGAGGAGAUGGAGGCAGAGCACAGGCUGCAGGAACAGGAGGAGGAGUUGCUGCAGCCGGCCCUGGAGGGAGCCGCGGACGGGCAGUUCUCCCCAACGGCCAUAGAUGCCCGCUGGCUUCGCCCCUCCCCGCCCUCCCUGGAUCCCCAGACGGAGCCCCUCAUCUUCCAGCAGUUGGAGAUCGACCAUUACGUGGGCCUGGCGCAGCCCCUGCCUGGAGCAGCCCCGCCACCCCCCGGCUCCGUCCCGGUCCUCCGUGCCUUCGGAGUCACUGAUGAGGGCGUGUCCGUCUGCUGCCACAUCCACGGCUUUGCUCCCUACUUCUACACCCCGGCGCCCCCUGGUUUUGGGCGCGAGCACCUGGGCGACCUGCAGCGGGAGCUGAAUGCUGCCAUCAGCAGGGACCAGCGCGGAGGGAAGGAGCUCGCGGGGCCGGCCGUGCUAUCUGUGGAGCUGUGCUCCCGGGAGAGCAUGUUCGGGUACCAUGGGCACGGCCCCUCCCCGUUUCUGCGCAUCACCCUGGCGCUGCCGCGCCUCCUGGCCCCCGCCCGCCGCCUCCUGGAGCAGGGCAUCCGUGUGCCGGGCCUGGGCACCCCCAGCUUCGCACCCUACGAGACCAACGUGGACUUUGAGAUCCGGUUCAUGGUGGACACAGACAUCGUCGGCUGCAACUGGUUGGAACUCCCAGCGGGGAAAUACCUCCUGAGGCUGGAGGGGAAGGCCACGCAUUGUCAGCUGGAGGCGGACGUGCAGUGGUCUGACGUGGUCAGUCACCCGCCAGAAGGGGAGUGGCAGCGAAUUGCGCCCCUGCGCGUGCUCAGCUUUGACAUCGAGUGUGCUGGCCGCAAAGGCAUUUUCCCGGAGCCUGAGCGGGACCCCGUGAUCCAGAUCUGCUCACUGGGCCUGCGCUGGGGUGAGCCGGAGCCCUUCCUACGCCUGGCGCUCACCCUGCGGCCCUGCGCCCCUAUCCUGGGUGCCAAAGUGCAGAGCUACGAGCGGGAGGAGGAGCUGUUGCAGGCGUGGUCGACCUUCAUUCGCAUCGUGGACCCCGAUGUGAUCACUGGCUACAACAUCCAGAACUUUGACCUUCCAUACCUCAUCUCCCGGGCCCAGACCCUCAAGGUGGAGUCGUUCCCCUUCCUGGGCCGCGUGUCUGGCCUCCGCUCCACCAUCCGGGACUCGUCCUUCCAGUCCAAGCAGACCGGCCGGCGGGACAGCAAGGUGGUCAGCAUGGUGGGCCGCGUGCAGAUGGACAUGCUGCAGGUGUUACUGCGAGAGUAUAAGCUCCGCUCCUACACGCUCAACGCCGUGAGCUUCCACUUCCUGGGCGAGCAGAAAGAGGACGUCCAGCACAGCAUCAUCACUGACCUGCAGAACGGGAACGACCAGACACGCCGCCGCCUGGCCGUGUACUGCCUCAAGGACGCCUUCCUGCCCCUGCGGCUGCUGGAGCGGCUCAUGGUGCUGGUGAACGCCAUGGAGAUGGCGCGCGUCACCGGUGUGCCCCUUGGCUAUCUGCUCACCCGCGGCCAGCAGGUCAAGGUCGUGUCCCAGCUGCUGCGGCAGGCCAUGCGCGAGGGGCUGCUGAUGCCCGUGGUAAAGACAGAAGGUGUCGAGGACUACACGGGAGCCACAGUCAUCGAGCCCCUCAAAGGGUACUACGAUGUCCCCAUCGCCACACUAGACUUCUCCUCUCUGUACCCGUCCAUCAUGAUGGCCCACAACCUGUGCUACACCACACUCCUGCGGCCCGGGGCCGCCCAGAAACUGGGCCUGACAGAGGAUCAGUUCAUCAAGACACCCACAGGGGAUGAGUUUGUGAAGACGUCAGUGCGGAAGGGCCUCCUGCCCCAGAUCCUGGAGAACCUUCUCAGCGCCCGGAAGAGGGCCAAGGCUGAGCUGGCCAAAGAGACAGACCCCCUGCGUCGGCAGGUGUUGGAUGGGCGGCAGCUGGCGCUCAAAGUGAGCGCCAACUCUGUAUAUGGCUUCACUGGUGCCCAGGUGGGCAAGCUGCCGUGCCUGGAGAUCUCACAGAGCGUUACCGGCUUUGGGCGCCAGAUGAUUGAGAAAACAAAGCAAUUGGUGGAGUCCAAGUACACGGUGGAGAAUGGCUAUGGCACCAGUGCCAAGGUGGUGUAUGGUGACACUGACUCAGUCAUGUGCCGAUUUGGUGUCUCUUCUGUGGCCGAGGCAAUGGCCCUGGGGCGGGAGGCUGCGGACUGGGUAUCAGGCCACUUCCCCCCGCCUAUCCGGCUCGAGUUUGAAAAGGUCUACUUUCCCUACCUGCUCAUCAGCAAGAAGCGGUACGCUGGCCUGCUUUUCUCCUCCCGGCCAGACGCUCACGACCGCAUGGACUGCAAGGGUCUGGAGGCUGUGCGUCGGGACAACUGCCCCCUCGUGGCCAACCUCGUCACCGCCUCCCUGCGCCGCCUGCUCAUCGACCGAGACCCCGCAGGUGCCGUGGCCCACGCACAGGACGUCAUCUCAGACCUGCUGUGUAACCGCAUUGACAUCUCCCAGCUCGUCAUCACCAAGGAGCUGACCCGCGCGGCCUCUGACUACGCCGGCAAGCAGGCCCACGUGGAACUGGCCGAGAGGAUGAGGAAGCGGGACCCCGGGAGCGCGCCCAGCUUGGGCGACCGUGUCCCCUACGUGAUCAUCGGCGCUGCCAAGGGCGUGGCUGCCUACAUGAAGUCCGAGGACCCCCUCUUUGUGCUGGAGCACAGCCUGCCCAUCGACACGCAGUACUACCUGGAACAGCAGCUCGCCAAGCCCCUCCUGCGCAUCUUCGAGCCCAUCCUGGGCGAGGGCCGCGCUGAGGCUGUGCUGCUGAGGGGUGACCACACGCGCUGCAAGACGGUGCUCACGGGCAAGGUGGGCGGCCUUCUGGCCUUUGCCAAACGCCACAGCUGCUGCAUCGGCUGCCGCACUGUCCUCGGUCACCAGGGGGCCGUGUGCAAGUUCUGCCAGCCUCGGGAGUCGGAGCUGUAUCAGAAGGAGGUGUCGCACCUGAAUGCCCUGGAGGAGCGCUUCUCGCGCCUGUGGACACAGUGCCAGCGCUGUCAGGGCAGCCUGCAUGAGGACGUCAUCUGCACCAGCCGGGACUGCCCCAUCUUCUACAUGCGCAAGAAGGUGCGCAAGGACCUGGAGGACCAGGAGCAGCUUCUGAGACGCUUUGGCCCUCCUGGCCCUGAGGCUUGGUGACCUCUGACCUCGGCAGGCUUCCCACCAGGGCCUUGGGGGGCCGGAUUGGUGGAAAAUUAAUAAAGUUCAGGCCUCUUGUUU